AUGGAGAAGCACCAUACUCUUCCGUCUUCUCAGACGGAAUAUGGUACUCCCAAGCUCAAUAUUCUAGAUUUACCACAGGAAAUUCAAUUAUUGAUAACUUCUCAUCUGAUAUAUCCAGAUGCACUCUCCCUAAAACACACAAAUCGAUACUUCUACUCUUUUGUAUAUACUGGGUUGCAUUUGAAGAUAGAGUGGCUAAUUCAGAGACGGCGGCUACAUUUGGAUUGUCCGAGUGACAGUAAAUGUGAAUUGGGCAGUGACGUUAGAUAUUGUCGAGGGAGUGUUGCCUUGUUGAUGAAGCGGAGAAGAGAACAUCAGGAAUGUGAUAGUAAGCCAGGAGGAAGGGGAUGCCUGGUACUAGGGAGAAAUAUUUGUGUCAACAAGAAAGAAAGCAAUUGUAUCAAGGUAGUCUGGAGAUACCUUAAAUCGGGAAUUACUCUGUGGUUAGUAGUGGUAACAGUUGCUUUGCUGGCCAUUGUCAUAGCUCCGACGAAAAUAUCGCCUAUCACGGGAAAUCAUUGAUAUAAAAAGGGAGGUUGUCGUUAAGAUGGGUACUGGGGACCUUCGGAACAAAUCUAUCUUAUAAUAAUGUUUAAUAGGAAGACGGGU